UCUUAAUCAAACCCUGACGUUCAUAGUUCGUGUCAUUCGGCUGUCACUGUCCCGUGUUUGUUUAAACCCGUCGCACUUUUCAAAAUGUUCAGUUGGUUGAGCCAAAAGCCGGAGGUGGUCCAUGAAUGCUACGAGAACGUCGCCGAGGGCCUGAAGAGCAUCUACAAGAACAAGAUGCUGCCCCUGGAGCAGCACUAUUUGUUCGAGGACUUCCACUCGCCUCCUAUGAACGAUCCGGAUUUCGAAUCCAAGCCGCUAAUCUUGCUGGUGGGUCAAUAUUCCACCGGCAAAACGACGUUUAUAAAAUAUCUCCUUGAGAGGGACUUCCCGGGUAUGAGAAUAGGGCCGGAACCAACAACCGACAGAUUUAUAGCGGUGAUGUACGGCGAGAAAGAAGGUGUAAUACCAGGGAAUGCCCUUGUCGUCGACCCCAAGAAACAAUUCCGGCCGCUCUCCUCCUUUGGAAAUGCUUUCCUAAACAGAUUUCAGUGUUCACUCGUGAAAUCUCCGGUGCUCAAAGGGAUGUCUAUUAUUGAUACUCCGGGGAUACUCGCAGGUACUCCCCCAGGUGAGAAGCAGCGCAUAGACCGCGGCUACGACUUCACGGGUGUGCUCGAAUGGUUCGCCGAGCGCGUCGACAGAAUCAUUUUACUCUUCGAUGCCCACAAACUAGACAUCUCCGACGAAUUCCGGCGCUCCAUCGAGGCGCUGCGCGGCCACGACGACAAAAUCCGAAUAGUUUUGAACAAAGCCGACAUGAUCGACCACCAGCAGCUCAUGAGGGUGUACGGGGCCUUGAUGUGGUCGCUCGGGAAAGUCCUGCAGAUGCCCGAAGUGGCCCGCGUUUAUAUCGGCUCGUUCUGGGACUACCCCUUGCGAUUCGACGUCAAUCGGCGCCUCUUCGAAGACGAGGUCCAGGACUUGUUCAAAGACUUGCAGAGUUUGCCCAAGAAUUCGGCUUUGAGGAAGUUGAACGACUUAAUUAAGCGGGCGCGGUUGGCCAAAGUGCAUGCCUACAUCAUCGCCGAACUGAGGAAAGAUAUGCCGAACGUGUUCGGGAAGGAGUCGAGAAAGAAGGACUUGAUUAAGAACUUGAACGAUAUUUACGUGAAGAUCCAAAAGGAGCACAGUAUUUCCGCUGGGGAUUUUCCGGAUCUGGGAAAGAUGAGGGCGACGCUGGUGAAGCACGACUUCGCCAAGUUUCAUACGUUGAAGCCGAAGUUGUUGGAGGUUGUGGAUCAGAUGCUUAGUGACGAUAUAGCUCAACUAAUGUCGAUGAUUUCUCAUGAAGUCAACGAGAUUAACAAGACUGAAGUGACGGGGGGUGCUUUCGAGAACAUAGUCGACCAGAAUUCCCCUUUUGGGUACAAGAGGGGUGAAGGUGUUAACGCAGGAAUGGGUGAACCUGAGUGGAUCGUCAAUAAGGAGAGAGCGGCCUACGAUGCCAUUUUUGACGAUUUGUCUCCCAACGGUGCUAAAUUGUCUGGGCAAACCGCCAAAAGCGAGUUGGUCAAGUCCAAACUGCCCAAUUCCGUUCUGGGGAAGAUCUGGAAGCUCGCCGAUGUUGAUAGAGACGGAUUUUUGGAUCGGGACGAGUUUGCAUUAGCUAUGCAUUUGAUUAACGUGAAAGUGGAAGGCAACGACUUGCCCGAGGUGUUGCCCAACCAUUUAAGGCCUCCUCUUAAGAAAGUGUUUGAUAUGUGAUACCGUCUAUAUGAAUUAAGUGUUUUA